UGUUUUGGUUUACUGUUUUCUGCCCUCCUUAUGUGUCCCCAGUGUUUUGACUUUUUGAGUUUCUAUGCUUGUGUUUAAGUAUUUUUGAGUUCAUUUUUUAUUGCCCCUUGUGGCCUUUUGUUUGUUCCUGUUUGUUUUUUUUGUAAUAAGUAAAGCCAUUGUUUCAUUUACCUUUGAGUCUCCUGUUUAUGAUUAUGCUACUUGCAUUUCACAUCUAAAUGUUUUUGUGUCUAUGGGAUGUGUACAAACAAGCACAUCUAGUCUAUACGUAUUGUGUUCAAAGGAGGAAAUGACGUUUUCUUUUUGGCAGACUAUAUCUUUCUGUGAAAGCGAAACCUAGAGAAGGAACAGGUGUGACUGAGGCAAGAUGGAGCAUCACGCCAGGCGGCAGGAAUUUGACGAGUUAACCGAUCACAAAGCAAUCUACCAUCAGCUCAUUGAAACAGCUGAAGAAUUAGGAAAUAAUCAAAGCUCGUCGAACAUGCACAGCCUAAUGAGGAGCAUCCGUGAGAGCAACUACAUCGUGCAUGGUGGCCAGUACCGCACACGCAGAUUUAUGAAUACCUGUGUUCUUGACUCCCUGCUUGCAGGUUGUCACAUUGCUGCUAAUGUGUAUCCCAACAUUAAGCAGCUUUUUGAGCAAGAUUUCACUGUCAACGCUGUCAUGACCCUCCUGGACAGAAAAAAGUACGAGGAGGCAAAAGCUCUCUGGCUCAUUAACGUAGAUCUUCGAAACGGCCACAUAAAACACUUCGCAGAAAGUGACUACAUCGACAUUCGGGGCUACGUUAAAGACCACCUUCCAAACUUUCUGGAUCUGACCAGCGCCAAGUAUCACUUUGAAGAUGACAGGAGGAGUCCCAAUCCUGAAGAUCGUGUUUACAGCACGACACUGAGUAAGUUCGAGGAGUUUGGUGACGUGAGAGCGCUGGGCCCCAAAAGCAACCCCCAACUCAUUCUGGUGGACGUUGACGGUCGGACGGAUGGAUUUCCAGCUCUGAUCAUCACUGAUGACUAUGGAAGGGUUUUCAAACUGCAGUUUCUUCUUCUGGGCACUACAACCGAAUACUCCAACCACAUGGUGCUGUGCACCAGCCUGGAUGGAGGGUGGUGGCUCUACGAUGACAUGAUCACUCCACUGUUCAGGGAAGUACAGACGCGAUGCCUAGUGAACCAGGGUUAUACGGUUUACCUAGUUGCCUAUGUUAACGUACCAACAAAGAAUAGGAAGCAAGACUGAAUUGUUUCGCGUUUCAUCGUCCGUCUGUGAGGCCAGUCCGUGCCCGCGUCAUCGUCCAUCCCCGUCAUCGUCUGUGCGGCCAGUCCGUGGCCGCGUCAUCGUCCGUCUGUGCGGCCAGUCCAUGCCCGCGUCAUCGUCCGUCCGUGUCAUCGUCUGUGCGGCCAGUCCGUGUCCGCGUCAUCGUCCGUCCGUGUCAUCGUCUGUGCGGCCAGUCCGUGGCGAAGUCAUCGUUUGUGCGGCCAGUCCGUGGCGAAGUCAUCGUUUGUGCGGCCAGUCCGUGCGCCGUCAUCGGCUUGUGCGG